AUGAAGGAAGAGACGGUGUACUCUGGGAUCAGACAGAGUUAUGAGGUGGAGUUUGGAGAAGGAGCCAUUCUCAUUGUAAAAGGUUCUGGAUCCAGAAUCAUAUCUGUGCUUCAACAGCCUCUGUCUGAGUCAGUCCAACCAGGAGACUCAGUGACUCUGAACUGUACAAUACAGACUGAGACCUGUCCAGGAGAAGAUGUCUAUUGGUUCAGACAUGGCUCAGGAGAAUCCCAUCCAGGAAUCAUUUACACCAAUGGAGAUAGGAGUGAUCAGUGUGAGAAGAGCCCUGAGGCUGGGUCUCAUACACAGAGCUGUGUCUACAACCUCCCCAAGAGGAACCUCACCCUCUCUUAUGCUGGGACUUACUACUGUGCUGUGACCUCAUGUGGGGAGAUACUGUUUGGAAACAGGACCAAGCUGGACAUUCAAGCAUCAACUGAUAGAUCACCAACCCCACUAGUCAACCAGCACCAAGAGAGGGACAUGUUGAACUAUGCUGCUGUGAGUUUAAACCCCAAGAAGAACUCCAGAAGAGCAAGAACGAAGACCAGCAGAGAGGAGGCAGUGUACUCUGAGGUGAGAUACCUUCAGCAGUAG